UGUGACUCUUCUGUCUGGACUCGAUCGAUGAUUUCCGGUUCGACGAGUACAGUCUGGUGAGCAGUGCAUGCAGUGGUUGGGUUGUGGAGGUUCACAGCGAUUUAAAGCUGAGAGUCAGCCAGCAUGGGUCGGCGCUCGUCUGACAGUGAGGAUGACAGUCGGAGCAGGAGGAAGAAAAAACAACAGCGUCGCCGUUCCUCCUCCUCUUCCUCGUCUUCGUCCUCAUCCUCCGGCAGCAGGGUGGCCGGCAGCCGGAGUCGGAGGUCCAGUCGCCGGAGCCGUUCUCGCUCCAGAGACAGGGACCGAGAGAGAGACAGAGAGAGGAGGAGAAGAAGACGUUCCAGCAGCAGUUCGUCCCACAGUUCAUCUCGCAAGAGGAGGAGUCGCAGUGCGGAGAGAGAUAAAGGGAGGAGCCACCGCUCACAUAGGUCACGCAGCCGAGACCGGAGGUCUCAUUCCCGCCACCGACGAUCUCGCAGCAGGAGCGGCAGCCGCGGUCGACGAGGGAGCCACAGCCGCAAAAAGAGCCGCAGCCACAGUCGCCGGAGGAGUCGCAGCAGAGAGCGGGACCGGAGCCGGCGCAAGGGCCGUGACCGGGACAGGGACAAAGAGAAGGAGAGGGACAGAGGGAGAGACAAAGAGAAGGACAAGAGUAAAGACAAGGCAGACAAAAAGGGGGACGCCGGGAACAUCAAAGGCAGAUUAGAACAUCUGACUCCAGCAGAGCAGGCUAAAGUUCGAAUGCAUAUGGUCCUGCAGGCUGCAGCUAAGACGGACGAGGUGCUGAAGGCUAAAGUAGCCAAGAGAGAGGAGGAGGCCCGGAAGAAACUAGAGGAAGAGGGAACUUCUCUAGAGCAGCAAGUGCGAAGGAUAAAGGACAUUGAGGCCAUCGAGAGUGAUUCCUUUGUUCCUCAGGCUUUCAAAUCAUCCAGGGAUGACAUAAAGGCCGAGCCAGUUGAGGUGAAGCAGGAGUCUGAUAGGGCAGAUUUUCAGGAUGUCACUCUUCCCAUCUCCAUAGUCUACAACGACAACGACACGCUCGCCCAUCCCAGCUUGUUCAUGGACAAGGAGAAGGCAGAGGAGUUGUGGCUCAACAGACUGAUCUCGCUGAGACAGGAGAGGCUCAUGGGAAGUCCUGUGACCUAAAAGGACACCAGAAAACUCUGAAGAUCCUUCUUGUUCCCGAGAGCACCCGUUUUUAUUGUUGGUCAAUCCCCUCCAUAUUCUGUCUGUCUUGUUUUAGGACAUGACAAUAUUUCUUACUUUACAUUUCCACUAGUUUGUUUUACCUAACUUGAGCAUUGAACAGUUUUUGGUCCUGAUGUGCUUAUUAUUUUUGUUAAUGUAAUUCAAUGAAUAAAUCUGCUGUUCUUUGUUUGACUUCAUUGAUUUUUAAUGGAGGAAGAUCUUACAGUCAGAUUUGUUUUACCACGUAGAUGACAGACGUAUAUUUGAUACAUUUUGUCUUUUGUAAAAACUCAGUAAAUAAAGCUAGCUGUGAUUUUUUGGAGUGAAAA